ACGAACGGACGUGUUUUUUCUAAAGCUCUUAUAAACGUACUUAAAAGUGCAUUAAAUAUUUUUUCAAAUACAAACAAGCUGAUAAUAUCAUAAUAUUAAAUUAGCCGGCUGACGGAUUUGUUGGAAAAUAAAUAAAGAAUUCUUCAAAAUCACUAAAAUAUACUUUUUAUUCAAAUUUAUAAAUUUAAAACAUAAAUACAAAAAACAUAAAUAUUUGAAAACUAAGCAAACAAUAAAAAUCUAAGAGUGUCAAAAUGAGUCAACCUGUUCUCUGUCACCAGUGUAAAAAAGUAAUAAAAACAACAAACUAUGUUAAGUGUUUCAACUGUAACAUGAAUUAUCACUUUUCAUCUUGUUCUCCACUAUCAGAGAGUACUUAUCUUAGCAUGUGUGGUGAGAGAAGAACUUCGUGGAAAUGCCAAAACUGCAAGCCGCGUAGCCGAUCGCCAAACACAAUGUAUCAAACUGUUGUACAUGAUGAUGAUACUAACAAAAAGCAAGCGAGAUGUGAUGACGAGAUGGAAAAUGAACAAGCAAAAAAAUUUAAAGAGUCAGAGUCGUUGACCCCGUCCAAAACAAGAGUAUGCUCGCAGUCUGAUAUUGAACAAUUUAACAUAGGAUUGCAAAAAGUAAAUACAGCAAUCGAAGAACUCUCUUCGAAUGUAAAUAUAUUAAACUCUAAAAUAACAGGCCAAAUUCAAAACACACUUACAACAAUAACUGAUACGCUUUCCACAUUAGUUACUCAAGUAAAAGAGCUUACUGACAAGGACAAACAAAAAGAAAUGAAGAUCAACAUAAUUGAAACUCGUAUGGAUAAAAUGGAACAACAAAUGCUAAACAGAAAUAUAGAAAUUAAAAAUAUUACCAACAAACUAAUAUCUGAAUAUGAAGUUGUUAAAACAAUUGGUGAAUCUCUGAAAGUAACAAUAGAUGAAAGAGAUAUUAAUAGAGCAUACCGCACAAAGAGAAGUGAAAAAAUAAUCGUGGAGUUCACUACCCUAAACAAAAAAACAGAGUUUAUGGACAAAAUCAAAAAUCAUAGAGUUGAUGCUAAUAUCAUAAAAGAAAAUGGAAACAACAAAUACAUAUAUAUUAAUGACGAAUUGACUUUUAGUAAUCGUCGACUUUUAUGGUUAGCUAAAACUAAAGCUAAAGAAGCAAACUGGAAAUUUGUCUGGGUAAAACACGGAAAUAUAUUCGCACGUAAAAAUGAAAACUCCCCCCUAUUUGUCAUUAAUAAUUCUACAGAUAUUGAUAAUAUUAAUAAUGCAUUUUAAGCACAAACUUACAUUAUUUUAAUUUUUUUCUUUCAUAAUUUUUUGAUAUCUUUAUAUAAAAAUGAAUACUUAUACUGUCAAUCAAACAAUAAAUCACAUAAAACAAAUAAAAACAGACUUUCUAAGUUAUCCCAAAACUGUAAUAUAUAUGAAUAUUCGUUCACUACGGUUAAACUUUGCAACUUUUCUCGCAACAAUAAAUAGCAUAAUACACAAAAUAAAAUUUAUUGUACUAGUUGAAACUAAUAUCACUGACAAUGAAAGUAGUUUUUACAAUAUAAACGGUUUUAAUUCCAUAUUUUUUAACAGAGAAGGAAGAGGUGGGGGAAUCGCAGUCUAUAUUGCCGAAAGUUUAACAUUUAAUCAUAUACCAAUAAACUCAAAUUCCUUUGAAAUAAUUCAAGUUGAUGUAAAUAUUGACGAAAAAAUACUUUCUCUCCUCUCCGUGUAUCGUCCCCCGCAUGAAAGAAUUCCCAUGUUUACUAAUGAACUUGAUACAAUUAUCAACAACAUAAAGAAAAAACAAGAGAUUUUACUAGUUGGAGAUGUAAACAUCGAUAUUUUAAGAGACAACAACACAACAACAACAUACUUAAAUAUGAUGACAAGCAAUGGUCUACAAUGCAUGGUGAGCGAAUGUACAAGAGAUGAUGUAAAAAGAAAUACAAAAACAUGCAUUGAUCAUUUAUUCUUAAAAACAAGUAAGGCAACAACAAACGCACAAGCAUUGAUAAUAACAACAAAUAUCUCUGACCACUACACUAUUUUUUGUUGUGUAGCUGAAAAAGAAACAAAACAGGGUAAGGAAAACACAUCAAAUCAGUGUACGCAAUUCGUCAACCAUAAAAUUAAUAAACAAAUUAGGCAAUUCAAUUGGAAUAAAAUUAUGAACGAAGCAACUAAUUCAAAUCAAAUUUAUAACAAUAUCUAUGAAGUAUUUUGUCAAAUAUAUAAAAAUUCAACCAAACGAGAAAAAGCAAUUAAAAAACGAUCACCUAAUCCGUGGAUAAGUGACGAAAUUAUUAAUUAUUGUGAUGUUAGGGAUAAACUUUACAGAAAUUGGAAAAAUAACCGAAAUAACAAAAAUUGCGAAAAGGAAUAUAAAACAUUUAGAAAUUUUUUAAAUAAAAAAAUUAAUUUUGAAAAAAAUAUGUACUAUAAAAGAAAAUUUAUCGAAAACAGAAGCAAUAUACGCGCAACGUGGCAAUUAAUGAAUGAAAUUAUUGGUAGAAAAACAACAAAUAUUGACAAUUUUAUAUUAAACAAUUUCAAAAAUGAGGAAUUAAAUAGCAUUUCAAACAGAUUCGCGUUGAACUUUAACGAAAACGUAAAAAAAAUAAUGCAUAAUUGUGAUUUAAGAACAAUAAACAAUCCGUGUAAUUAUCUUCAAAAUUCAAUGUACGUGGAAUAUACUAAUGAAGAAGAAAUUUACAUCAUAUUGAAGUCAUUAAAUCCCAAGAAAGGUGCAGGCUUUGAUGGAAUACGUGCAAAGGACAUUAAAACAAAUGCUAGUUAUCUAACACCAAUUUUAACUAAAUUCGUUAAUAUGAGCUUGGAAAAUGCAAUAGUACCUGAAAUAUUAAAAACCGCUUUAGUAAGACCAAUAUAUAAAAGUGGAAAUCAGUUAGAUGUCAAUAAUUACCGACCUAUUUCUAUCCUAUCAAUAGUUGACAAAAUUCUUGAGGAUAUUAUUGUUAAAAGACUGACGAAUUUCUUACAAAAAUACAAAGUUAUAAACGAUAAUCAGUAUGGUUUCCAAAGGGGGAAGAAUAUCAAUAAACUGCUAGGAAAUUUCUCUAGUUACAUUAACGGUUGUUUAAGUAAAAACAUGCAUGUGCUAGCAUUAUUCAUCGAUUUUAGCAAAGCAUUCGAUACUCUUUCACACAAUAAAAUGAUUAUAAUUCUGGAAAAGAUUGGUAUAAGAGGAAACUUUUUAAACUGGUUUAAAAACUAUUUAGAGUGCAGAACUUAUUUGGUUAAAAUUAAAAAUAACCAUAGCAAUAAAAUAUCAUAUGAUUGCGGAGUUCCACAAGGAUCUAAACUUGGACCAAUUCUAUACAUCAUAUACGCAAAUGAGUUAAUGAAUUGCCUUAAAAAAGGUACAACGUAUGCUUAUGCAGAUGAUACUGCAAUAGUUGUUGCUGACAACAACUUGCAAAACGCAAUAACAGUAAUGCAAGAACAAUUAAACACUGCUACCAAAUGGUGCCAUGACUAUGGACUCAUUAUUAAUGCUAGCAAAACUAAAGUUAUGUACAUAAAACCACGUCAUAUAGAAAAAUCAGAUAUAAAACUAAAAUAUCAUAGCAUAGAAUGCCUUCAUAACAACGCUCCAGACUUAAACACCAAUGACUCAUGCUCAACAAUAAUAGAAAACGUCGAAGUAUACAAAUAUCUCGGAGUAUAUGUUGAUAGUUGCUUUAAAUGGAAAGAACAUAUAAAAGAAUUACAGAAAAAACUGCGAAAGUCAUCGUAUAUGCUCUAUCACCUAAGCAACUGUGCUACCUACGAUGUUUUACGCCAAGCUUACUUCUCCUUAGCAGAAUCAUAUAUUCGCCAUGGAAUAACUGCAUGGGGCAAUGUUAAAUUCUUAAGCACCCUACAAAAAACGCAAAACCAACUUCUAAAAAUAUUAUGGAGAAAAUGCAAACAUAACUUAACUCAAAAUAAUAUAAAUAACAAUGUCCAACUAAAUAGCAACAUAACCACCGAAAUAAACUACGACAACCAUCAAACAAUAAAUACAAGCCAAACAAUCCAAAAUAACGAACCAAAUUUCAACCAGCAUGCAGAAAACAGAGUAGAAAACUUAUACAACAAUUACGGAAACACAAAUCGCAACAAUACAAAUCACCUUUUAAAUCAAAACAACCAUAGUCCAACAAACAUAUACCCACGCAAUCUCGCCAAAAACCUACACGUCCUAAACGUUAAAAAUAUUUUCUUUUCAACCAUCUGCAAAGAGUUUUAUAACAA